CUGAGAGACUGAAAGGACUUUUCAUCAGUGCCUGCGUAUGAACCACCCCGAUGAUGAUGCAUCCUCAUGAUUAUAUCACUACCUCCUGGGUAGACCCUCCCCCGGACACUUCGGAUAUUAUAAUACCAGACUCUUCUCUUCAGACCCCGACUGACCCUCUCUCCCUUAUACCUCUCCAUCUCUUCCUCCCUACGCUUCAUCUCCUCCCAUCAGCCCUCCAAGCCCAUAUACCACCCAGGUAUACCAUCAAGAGCAUACAUCUGCACAUCAGAGCCUAAGAAAGAACUCAUCAUCCCGGAUUCAAGCCUGAAGGCGCAAAAGAAAAGAGAAAAUCAUACCCAGUAUCACGAUGGUGCUCAGCAGUAAGCCCACCCACCUUCCCAGCCCUAUGAUCCACUUCUACACUAUAGCGCAUGGGCUAACAUCCCGCGUCCCUAUUCUCCAGGAGUGGCAUUGGGCUUUCUCGGCCUCUUCUUCACAGCGGGAGCCCUCCUGCUCAUGUUCCUGACUCUCCUGGGCGGCGCGACCAACACCCGACCCUUGAACGAGAUCUAUUUCCUGCAGGUCGACACGAGCAACAUCCCGGGGGCACCCUCGCUAUCUCGCUGGACGUUCUGGGAGCUAUGCGCGGUCGUCAAUGGCAAGAGCCAAUGCGGCUCGUCUCACCCGGACUACCCCUUCGACCCCCCCAGCUCUCGUAACUUCGACACCACCACCAACAUCCCUGCUGCCUUCGUCGGAACGAACCACUACUUCCUAACCUCGCGGUUCUCCUUCCCCUUCCUCCUGAUCGCCCUCUUCUUCGGCGUCAUCUCCCUCCUCACCGGCUUCCUGGCCAUGUGCACGCGCAUCGGCAGCUACGUGUCCUCGCUGAUGGCCUGGAUCGCCCUGGUCUUCCAGAUCAUCUCCACCUGCCUGAUCACUGCCGUCUACGUCCAAGGCCGGAACAGGUUCAACGCCAACAACCAAAGAGCCCGGCUGGGUGUCAAGGCCUUCGCCUUCAUGUGGACCGCAGUCGCCUGUCUCUUCAUCGCCUGCCUGGCCUAUUGCAUGGGCGGCGCGACGGGCCGCAAGGACCGGGGCCGGGGCUACAGCGGCCGCGAGCACCGCCGGAAGGGGUUUUUCUCGUCCGCUCGCUCCAACAGCUUGAGGAGUAACAAGGAGACUACUGCUGCGGUUUAAACUCCCAGAGAAAAAAAAACUUCAAUUUGCACUGGUCUUUGUUGUUGCUGAUGUCCGUACGAGACGAGAAAGUAACGGGCACGGCGUUCGUUCGUUCAUCGACCAGGUGCAAAAAGAGAGGUUUCUGUUCCUGACGCUCAAUCUACAUACCUCGCUGGAGAGGCUGGGGUUAACCACCGUGGCUGAGGAAAGCUCCAUUUGAUAAUGCUUACACCCACCCUCCCUCCUGAAUGAAUAGUCUCACGCCUAUUCAGCAGCCUAUAUGUAUUUCUUUGAUGUCUUGUUCCCUGAUGCUAUGUUGUGCUGCACACCCACGCACAUUCGACUGUCCUGACUGUAUACCAUCGUUCAUGACCUGGUGGCUGCUUAAUUCUAAUCUAUCCUGUUCGGGAUCUGCUUGAGCUUUAGUCGGUUGUUACUUUGUUUGCCGACUUGUACUGUGUACCCUGUAUGCCUUG